GUCGAAGAUUUGCGUGAGAGUUGUGUCGUUUGUUUACGUGAGUCGCCGACUUGAGUGAGUGAGUGAGUGAGGGACGAGCCACACACACUCAGGUAACUCAGCCACUGCUCACACCUACUCUACACACACUCAAGGUUCAACUCUUCAGCCAAUAUGUCGUCUUCUGAAAAAAAGCCAGCAGACAAGAAGCCUGCAGAUAAGAAGCCAGCAGACAAGAAACCUGCAGACAAGAAGGCUGCAGACAAGAAGCCAGCAGACAAGAAGCCUGCAGACAAGACGCCUGCAGACAAGAAGCCUGCAGAAGCAAACGCUGAAGAUGGCACUUUGGGCAAUGUUAUUACCGAAGGUGGAAGACUUGUCAAAAUGGAAGUGGAUUACUCAACCACGUGUGAUGAAAAAAUCCCAGCAGCCCAACAGAUGGCCAAGGAUGGUCGCGUUCAAGAGGCAGUGGACAGCUUGAUGGUGCUGGAGAAACAGACACGAACGGGAGCUGAUGCACAUUCCACAAGUAGAGUUCUUGUUGCUGUUGUGGAGAUUUGCUAUGAAGCUGGAGAAUGGAAUCUGUUGAAUGAAACUGUAGUGACGCUUACCAAGAAGCGUUCCCAAAUCAAGAUGGCUGUAACGAAGAUGGUUCAGAAGUGCUGUGAAUAUGUGGACAAGACUCCUGACAAAGAAUCUAAGCUGAAAUUGAUGGAUACAUUAAGGACAGUGACUGCUGGCAAGAUUUAUGUGGAGGUUGAGCGUGCACGGCUCACGCACAAGUUGGCCAUGAUGAAGGAAACUGAGGGAGACAUUACUGAGGCUGCUACCAUCCUACAGGAACUACAAGUUGAAACCUUUGGUUCAAUGGAACGUAAAGAAAAGGUUGAAAUGAUACUGGAGCAGAUGCGCUUGUGCUUAUUGAAGAAGGAUUUUGUACGUACACAGAUUAUCUCCAAGAAGAUUAGUACAAAAUUCUUUGAUACCGAAGAAGUGGAUGAUUUGAAACUUAAGUUCUAUAACUUAAUGAUUGAGCUGGAUAGCCACGAAAGCUCAUUCCUGAGUAUAUGUCGCCACUACCGGGCCAUCUACGAUUCCAAGAGUGUUCAGGAAAACGAAGUAGAGAAGAAGAGAGUACUGAAGCACGUGGUUUUAUUCAUCAUUUUGGCACCGUACGAUAACGAACAGAGUGACCUCCUUCAUCGUAUCAAAGAAGACAAGACACUAGAAGAUAUUCCACAGUAUAGAGACCUUUUGCAAUUGUUUGUGACUGCCGAGUUAAUCAAAUGGUCUCGGCUGUGUGAUGUGUACGAGGCAGAGCUGAGGUCAGAAGCUACGACAGUGUUUCCAAACAAUGAAGAGGGCAACGACCGCUGGACAAAGCUCAAAAACCGUGUGGUUGAGCAUAAUAUUCGGAUGAUGGCCAAGUAUUAUACUAGGAUCCACUUGAAGAGAAUGGCAGAGCUCUUGGACCUUUCAGUUAAGGAGAGCGAAGAGUUCCUGUGUCAACUGGUAGUUUCUGGAACGGUCAUAGCACGCAUGGACAGACUCGAGGGAGUGGUCAACUUUGGAACAACCCCCGAACAUUCCCAGCUUCUGAAUAGCUGGUCUGACUCCCUGCAUCACCUCAUGGCUCUUGUCAACAAAACUACACACUUGAUCAACAAGGAAGAAAUGGUUCACAAGCAUCUUCUGACAGUCAAGGAAUGAGGGUUUCCCAAGCAGUUGGUGAGACGGUUCUUAACGUACUUGUAGAAGAUACCGGGCUCUGUUAAAUAAUUUUUUACGUAUUCUGUAGAUGUAUUUGGUCAUGAUGCAAAUAUUGUCCUUAUACAUACAUUUAUUAUAUCAAAUUAAAAAAUGUAUUAAUUAAUAUUGCAACCAUAUAUUAUUUGACAACAAAAGGAUCAACAUCACUAUUACGGCAUAUUGUAUUUAAUAAAUUUUGUAAACAAAUAAUGGAACCAAAAGUA